AGACAUUUCCUCUAAUUCUGGCGCCAUUUCCUCUUCUUUGCCGAUCAAUAUUUAUAAAUGUAAAUUUCCUAUCACUUCACUUGAAACCAUUCUUUUGUGUCACCCUACAAUGGCCGCCUCGUCUUCGUCUUCAUCGCUUUUUUCUCUCGGUUUCUUGUUGGUUUCACUGUCUCUGUCUUUCCAUUUCUGCCAAAGGGUAAAGGCACAUCUUGAAUCCAUUCACAAGCAUGCUGUGGACGAUCCAGAGGAAAUUGUAUCAAUGGUUCAAGAGAAAAUCCGAAAUGCUACGGCGAGGAGGAAACUGAUGGGAGGAAACAACCAAUACUACACCCCAACAGGGAACCCCAUUGACGACUGCUGGCGCACCAACCGCAUGUGGCGGAGAGACCGAAAGCGGCUGGCGGACUGCGGCAUGGGAUUCGGCCAGCGGGCAACCGGCGGCCGCGAAGGCAGGUUCUACGUGGUGACGGACUCCGGCGACGACAACCCGGUGAGCCCCAGGCCGGGCACGCUCCGGCACGCGGUCAUCCAGGAGGAGCCGCUGUGGAUCGUGUUCAAGGGGGACAUGCUCAUCACGCUGAAGCAGGAGCUGAUCAUCAACAGCCACAAGACCAUCGACGGCCGCGGGGCCCACGUACACGUGGCGUACGGCGCGUGCCUGACGCUCCAGUACGUCACCAACGUCAUCAUCCACGGGUUGAACAUCCACGGCUGCCGGCCCACGGGGAACGCCAUGGUCCGGAGCUCCACCACCCAUUUCGGGUGGAGGACGAUGGCGGACGGGGAUGCCAUUUCGCUCUUCGGGGCCACUAACAUUUGGAUCGACCACAACUCUCUUUCCAACUGUGCUGAUGGACUAGUCGAUGCGAUCAUGGGGUCCACCGCCAUCACCAUUUCCAACAACUACUUCUCCCGCCACAACGAGGUGAUGCUGCUAGGGCACUCGGAUUCAUACACAAAAGACAAGAACAUGCAGGUGACAAUAGCCUUCAACCACUUUGGGGAAGGUCUGAUACAGAGAAUGCCAAGGUGCAGGCACGGCUACUUCCAUGUGGUGAACAAUGACUACACCCAUUGGGAGAUGUAUGCCAUCGGCGGCAGUGCCAGUCCCACCAUCAACUCCCAAGGCAACCGGUUCCUCGCCCCUAACGACCGCAAUGCCAAAGAGGUGACAAAAAGGAAUAAUGCAAAUGUGUGGGAGUUGAAGAGUUGGAACUGGAGAUCAGAAGGGGACCUUAUGCUGAAUGGGGCAUACUUCACACAGUCUGGCACUUCAACUUCAUAUUCCAGGGCUUAUAGUUUGGAGGCAAAGCCAAUCUCCAUGUUGCCAGCCAUCACUACUUCUGCCGGUGCUCUUGGCUAGCUACCUACCUGUCCCAAAGGAAACCGCCGUUGCUAACUAUAUAUACACAUAUAGCUAGCAAUAAUUUCUUUUCCGUUUC